AUGAGCGUGGCGGGGAAGCAGCCGCCUCCCGCACCGCUUGAGCGCCCCGGCAGCCUCCUCGUCCCCACCUGGACUAAAACUGGUAUUGCUUUGUUGUAUGAUGAAGUAUCUGAAAAUGCUCAUGACAUCCGGCUGAAGCUCACAAAAGAGGUAUUAACAAUUCAAAAACAAGAUGUCGUCUGUGUUAGUGGAAGUGAUCACAGUGCAAAUCACAGAACUGUUACACUUCAUAGACAACCAGUUGGUGGCUUGGGCUUAAGCAUAAAGGGUGGUGCUGAGCACAAAGUGCCUGUCGUCAUAUCAAAAAUGUUUAAAGACCAAGCAGCUGACCAAACUGGAAUGUUAUUUAUAGGAGAUGCAAUAAUACAGGUUAAUGGUAUUAACGUAGAAAAUGCUACCCAUGAAGAAGUGGUACACCUACUGCGAAAUGCUGGUGAUGAAGUUACCAUUACUGUUCAGUACUUCAGAGAAGCUCCAUCAUUUUUAAAGCUCCCAUUAGGUUCCCCUGGACCAUCCAGUGAUCACAGUAGUGGAGCUUCAUCCCCCCUCUUUGACAGUGGCUUGCAUUUGAAUGGGAACUCGGCUAACACUGCUCCAUCAUCACCUUCUUCGCCCAUAGCUAAUGAACCAAAAUACGAAAAGCGCUGGCUAGACACCUUAUCAGUUCCUUUGUCAAUGGCUCGAAUCUCGAGGUACAAAACUGGAACAGAUAAAUUGAGAUCUAAUGCAUUUGAAGUGCUGGCACUCGAUGGAGUUAGUACUGGGAUACUUCAGUUUUAUACAGCCCAGGAGAGUGCUGACUGGCUGAGAGCAAUAUCAACUAACAUCAGUGAUUUGACACUGCAAAAUAUGAAAAUGGCAAAUAAAUGUUCUUCUCCCUCAGACCAGGUCAUUCAUAUGGGAUGGGUGCAUGAGAGACUUGAAGGAACUGAUUCAUCUCAGCUCUACAAAUUCAAGUUUCUAGCACUGAGGGGUUCAUCCUUCUACAUUUUCAGUACUCCACCGGUAAGCACACUAGACUGGGUACGAGCUGAAAAAAUGUAUAACCUCUGUGAGGUUCUAUUUAAAAUUCACAAGAUGAAGAAUCACAUACUGAAACAUAUCUUUCAGCUCUGGCUUGCUGAUGAUUGUUGGCUACAAGCAAACUUGUAUUUUGGUAUUCAUCAGGACUUCGAUUUUGAAGACCACAGGCCCUAUUGUUUCAGUGUUAUGGUUGGACAUGGCAAGAGUCAUUGUUUCAAUGUAGAGCUGGGCAGCGAGUUGGCAGUUUGGGAGAAAUCAUUUCAAAGAGCAAUUUUCUUGGAAGUUCAAAGAUCUGGGUCUAAAACGUAUAUGUGCAGUUGGCAAGGGGAUACUCUGUGUUUCACAGUUGACUUUGCUCUGGGAUUUACCUGUUUUGACAGUAAAACAAAGAACGUUCUGUGGAGGUUUAAAUUCUCUCAGCUGAAAGGCUCUUCAGAUGAUGGGAAAACAAAAGUAAAGCUGCUUUUUCAGAAUCCAGACACCAAACAAAUAGAAACAAAGGAACUUGAAUUUCAGGAUCUGACAGCAGUUUUACAUUGUAUUCACUCCUUUAUAGCUGCAAAAGUGGCAUCUGUGGAUCCAGUAUUCAUAGACAGCCAGAGUAUUGCGAGAAAAUAUAUGUACAGUAACUGA